CCCCUCCCUUUGCCAUCUUGGCGUCUGCGCCCCACAAUUUUAAUUGCCAGUAUAGACCGGAAGCAUCCUAAGCAGCAGCAGCAGCAGCAAUCAGUGCCCCACAGCCAGCCACACUGAAUCAAGACUGCCGCCGAGGGAGAGGAGAUUGAUCGGGGAGGAGGAUGAGAGGCCUCAGAUCGCGGAUCCUCCGGACCCUGCAGUCCUUCCCCAACGCCGCCGCCGCGCACUCCAACGCCCUCCUCCCGCCGCCCGACGCCGCCGCACCCGCGCCGUCGGAGGCCGGGCCCGAGCGGGCCGAUGGCGACUGCCGGGGCGGCAACGACGACGACAAGGAGAACCUCUCGCCGGAGGCCAACCCGCGGAAGGCCAAGAAGAUGAAGGUCACCUGCGACCGCGAAUUGGGGAGUCCGGCGGCGAUGUCUCCUGUGGAGCCCGGCGGGCCCUACCGCCGCCCCGAGCUCGAGUCGGCCAGCCUCUUUGAUCCGGACCUCCUCGCCGCAUUCCGCGGUGUCGUCGACGCGUACACGCAGGCGCUCGAGAAGACCCAGCGCCAGCCCAUCGACGACGACGCUGACGACGACAUCGCCGCCGCGCUGGACGCCGGCGGCCGCGACGAGGACCCGCUGGCUGGGCUCGAGAGCCGGUGCCCGCCCGGCGGGGCGCGCGCCGUGGUGCUCUACACCACGUCGCUGCGCGGAGUGCGCAAGACGUUCGAGGACUGCGCCACCGUGCGCCGCCUGCUCGACGGGCUCCGCGUCGCCUUCCUGGAGCGCGACGUCUCCAUGCACGCGUCCUACCGGGACGAGCUCCGCGCGCUGCUGCCGCCUCCGCCGGGCCCCGGCCGCGCCGGCGCCAGCAUGCCCCUGCCGCCGCGGCUGUUCGUGGACGGGAGGUACGUGGGCGGCGCGGACGAGGUGGUGGCGCUGCACGAGCGGUCGCGGCUCCGUCCGAUGCUCCGGCGCGCCGCGCGGAGGGGCGCGGGCGACGCGGCCUGCGCGGUGUGCGGCGGCGACUGGUUCUUGGUGUGCGGCGGGUGCAGCGGCCGUCAUUGGCUCUAUGACGACGGCUCGGCCGCCGCCGUCGCCGCCAACCGCGUGCCGUGCCCCGGAUGCAACGAGAACGGGCUGGUGCCGUGCCCCCUGUGCAGCUGAGGUGAUCCCUGCGCUGCCCCGAGACAUGUACAUCUUUUUUGUGUAUUACCAUGGCGACAGCGAAAUUCUUUGAGAUUGUUUCACCCUGUUGUAAGUAGUACUGUAUAAUUUAUCAGACAUUUCUUGUCUGCUCA